UUUGCAACGCGGCCAAAACCACGGCUAGGAUCGUCAGUUGCAUAUACAGCGCGCUUCAAAAUGGACGUUGAGGAAAUAGCAGUGCUUUUGUAUCUUAUAAGUAAGAAGCGGAAAAAGAAAAAAUAUUGGGUUCAUCCCUUGCUUCGUGAAAGGCGUACAAAAGGAUUAUUUUAUACUUAUUUCACGGACCUUCAGCAAUAUGAUGACAAGUUCUUUAAUUAUUUACGGAUGAGCAAGUCUACGUUUGAAGAACUGUUAAGAAUAUUAAGACCAUCUAUCACCGGCACCGUUACUAAAUUUCGUCCCUGCAUUUCUGCUGAGGAAAAACUUGUUGUAACUUUAAGAUACCUAGCAUCUGGAUGCUCCUUCAGAGAACUAAAUCAUUCAUUUCGCAUUGGACACACAACUAUUCGAGAAAUUGUACUUGAGGUCUGCGUCGCCAUAUGGCAAAAUAUAAAAGACAUUGCCUUUCCACAGCUCAAUAGAGACAAAUGGCUAGAAAUAAGUGAAGGAUUCAGGAAGAGUUCGCAGUUUCCUAACUGUAUUGGAGCUGUGGACGGAAAGCACAUAAGAGUCAUUCAGCCGACCCAUACAGGGUCACUAUAUUAUAACUACAAAAACUAUUUCUCUAUUGUGCUGAUGGCUAUAUGCGAUGCCAACUACAAAUUUAUAUGCAUAGACGUCGGCGCAUAUGGAAAAUGCAGCGAUUCAUCGGUAUUCAAGAACUCCCAUUUUUAUGUAAAACUUACAAAUAAUAAUUUAGACAUACCAGACAAAAGACCGAUAACUGAAACAGGUGUGCCUCUGCCUUUUGUCAUAGUUGGCGAUGAAGCAUUCUCUUUGUCAGAAAAUAUAAUGAGACCAUAUGCCGGAAGAAAUUUGACAGACAAGAAAAGAAUUUUUAACUACCGCCUUUCCCGUGCACGCCGGUACAUAGAAUGUACUUUCGGGAUACUAGCCAACAAGUGGCGAAUUUUUCAUCGUCCUCUUGAUGUACACAGAGAAUUUGCUGUUGCAAUCAUAAAAGCAUGUUGCGUCCUUCACAACUACGUACGGGAGCGAGAUGGGUACAAAUUCGAAGACACCUUGUAUGUUCCUCCGACUAUUGAAGAAAUACUUCCCUGCCAGCCGUCAAGAGGAAAUAGAACAUCUACUCAAAACAGAGAUCUAUUUGCUGACUACUUCGUGGGUGAAGGACAACUCCCGUGGCAAAAUCGAGUAGCUUUGAGAACACAGUAAAAUAAACAUUACUUACCGAG